GCGCUCUGUAAACUAAUUUGCCUUCUCUUUGUCAAAAUCUGACUUCCGUUUCUCAUGUUUUGUUCGGGCUUCUGGAAUCUGCCAUCCCGGCUUUACAGCGAAUCAGUUUUCCGCUUUGCCUCACCUAAAGUAUUUCGGACAACAGCAUUACCCUCAUUUUGAUCUGAGAGGGGAGGCUCGAGUCCAUCGAGUGAUUGUUCGUGGAAAACAACGUCUGUUUACCUCGCUAGCUAGCUAGCUAGCUGGCUAUUAGCAGCCAGCUGAGUUGCAUCACCAGCGUCGAACAUGUUUCGAUUCCUGAAUGACGUCGAUGACGACCCCUACAUGCUGGAUCCUUUUGCCGCUCACAGGCAGCAGAUGAGGAGCAUGUUUGGACCGUUCGGCAUGGACCCUUUUGCACUGGCGCCACAAAUUCAACCGCCACGACGACAGGCUGGUGCACUGACCCCAUUUGGCAUGAUGGGAAUGGGUGGAGGGUUCAUGGACAUGUUUGGCAUGAUGGGGGAAAUGAUGGAAAACAUGGACAGGUUUUCUGGAUCGCCCAACUGCCAGACCUUCUCCUCUUCAACAGUGAUCUCCUACUCUUCCACGGACGCCGGGGCACCUACGGUGUACCAGCAAACUCAUCAAACAAGACAUGGUCCAAGAGGGAUCCGCGAGACCCGUCAGUCCAUGCGAGACAGUGAAAGCGGAGUGGAGCGUCUGGCCAUCGGCCACCACAUCGGCGAACGCGCACAUAUCAUGGAGCGCUCGCGGAACCGCCGCACGGGAGACCGCGAGGAACGGCAGGACUUCAUAAACCUGGACGAGGCCGAAGCCGAAGCGUUCGACAGCGAGUGGAGGACUCAGGCGGGGCGAUUCGCUCCCCCCAGCGCCCGGGCGCUGGACUACAGUCGAGACCGACGGGCAGGGGGGCAGCAGCUAGCUCUUACCGCGCCACCCAGCUCCCCGACCCCGCCGGGACACCGGCACGACUCCCCCCGACACCACCCGCCCCAGUCCCGCCCGCGUUACGACUGGUGAAAGGAGUCCCACCUAAAACCUUGAGCCGACCGGGGGGAGCGGAGGAAUCUCUCCACGGAUGCUGUGAACCAAGCUGAGGAUCGUUCCAACUUCCUUGUUGAUGUUUGAGUCGACCGGACUGUCGAUACAUAAACACAUAACAUGCCCUAAACAAACAAUUUAAAAAAAACAACCCCCCUAUCCCUUCGACCCACAGUGGAUAGUCUUAGAAUGAAUCCUCCCUCUGCACACUCCCACCCUUGUAUAAAACGCCCUGGCUUCCUCCCUGAGAUUUGAUGUGUGUGUUUUUGCCCAUUAAAAGUGCUCCAAGUAUUAAGUGCAUCUGCUGUACAGUUCGUUUUAUGUUUGUGGAGACACACAAAUGUGUCUGUGAAAUGAAUUGUAUACUGUUGACUAAACUAGCUAGAUGAAGUUAAUAAAACAUUGCUAGAUAACA